AUGUUGGUAGGAUUUCUCCUAGUUUGUGCAACCGUGCUGGCAAAGCACAACGAAAAGACCGCGCCGUGCGAGGUCGAGGGCUGUGAUGUCUGCGAGGAAAGCAACCCCCAGCAGUGCAAGACGUGCGGCUCAGGCUACACCCUCAACCCCACCACGAAGAAGUGCACCAAGAACCCCGCGUCCGACUGCGGAGUCCAGAACUGCGCCCAGUGCGUCUCUGGCGACAACACAAGGUGCGAGACGUGUAGCCCUGGCUUCGACCCCAACGACGACGGGACGCAGUGCACGCCGCAGGCCGACUGCCCGAUCGUGAACUGCCAGACGUGCUCCCCGGACAAGCAGACUUGCGAAGAAUGUGAACCAGGAAAGCAUCUGACCCCGACGAAGAAGGCAUGCUUAGAUGCCUGCCCUGUCGGAACGUAUCUAUCCGGACAAACGUGCGCGCCCUGCGACCCCUCCUGUGCGGAGUGCAGCGGGGCCGGCGCUUCCAAGUGCACGGCCUGUCCCGCCGGGAAGAUGCUGAGGUACGCCGACGAGAGCAAUCCUACAGACGGCACGUGCGUGGAGCAAUGCGUGGAGGGCCCGGAGUGCGAGACGUGCGGCCUAACAAUUGGAGGUACCAAGUACUGCUCGAAGUGCAAGGGGAACAACGUGCCGCUCAAUGGCGUCUGCACAAGCAAUGCGGCCAGGACUCGGUUCUGCACCACUGCCGCUAACGGUGCCUGCACGGUCUGCGCCGCCGGAUACUUCAUCCAGGAGGGCGGGUGCUACCAGACGACGAGGCUCCCCGGGAAGAGCAUCUGCACAACGCCCACUGGGGAUGGAAAAUGCCAAACGUGUGCGAAUGGCUUGACAGCUGUCUCGAACAUGUGUCCAUUAUGCGACUCCACUUGUGCGACAUGCACCGAAGCUAAUCAGCCCAAUAAGUGCAGCGCCUGUCCACCUGGCCGUUACUUGGACGCCAGUAAAGCAUGCAAGCUGUGUACAGAGACAAGCAAUAACAUUCAGGGCGUCGCUAACUGCGCGAGCUGCGCUCCCCCAUCUAAUAAUCAAGGCCCCGUUCUCUGCUACCUCAUGAAAGAUGGCGGUAGCACGAACAAGAGCGGCCUUUCUACCGGCGCCAUCGCGGGGAUCUCCGUCGCUGUCAUCGUUGUCGUCGGGGGCCUCGUGGGCUUCCUCUGCUGGUGGUUCAUCUGCAGGGGCAAGGCGUAG